AUGGGAAAGUCAGCAAAGUUCUUCAAGCGCCCAACCCGCAAGGAAAAGGCCGUCCUCUCCCUUACCAAGACCACCGAAACCAGCCUCUUCGAUUCCGCCACCUCCUCCUCUUCAAAAGGACCCAAGAAGGAUAUCCUUUCCGCCACAGCCAACCCUGCCAUCUCCAAAAGGUCUGCAGCAGGAGCAGGAGCAGGAACAGGAGCAGGAGGAGCAGCGCACCCUUCCAAAUCCUCGUUGGCCUACAAGUUACAGCUCAACGGAGGCAUCAAGGCUGCAGUCAAGGAUCUCAAGUCCCUAGACGAUGAUGUAGUAUCUGAGGACGAGUACAUGGUGGACGACGAUGAAGAUACCCCUGCCGCCACUGCUGGCAGCAAGAAGAACAAGAGCAAAAAGGAAGAUCUGGACAAGUCCAAGCCAAGACCGGAUUAUGUCGAGUUGAUGUAUGGCAAGAAGGGAGGAAACAAGAGGAAGACCUUCAUGCCCAAGCCUGCACUCAUCAAGUAA